GUCAAAUCGCAGUUGGAUACCGGUAAAAGUGCCCGAACUUAUGCUACCUGUGAUUAUAGAUUGUUUUCAGUGAUUUGCACUAUGAAAGUCUUUGUGUCGCGAAUAGUAUUAUUCUUGAGUGCUAUUGUUCGUUCUACUCAACAGACUUGCCCCGAAGAAGUAUCGAAAGAAGGCAUCAGUGUAACGUGGCAUAAAACACCGACGGCACAUAACAUCGAGUCAGAUCCACUCUGCUACCGAGAUGAGACUUUAAUAACUAGGAAUUGUUCCAGAAAUGGCUGGGUUCCGUCACUUAAUGAUGUUGGUCCUUGCUUAAAGGUGGUCAAAUAUUUAGAUGUUAAUUCAUGUCCCCCUGGAUUUCACAAAGUAUCAGAAAAUAUAAACGAAUUUUGCUACCAAAUAGGUGAUCCUUCUGUUUGGGAUUCUCCUUGUUUUUCAAGUGGUGGAGCUUCAGUUAUAACCGAUUUAUCUGAAGAAGAAGUUCAGUUUUUACUUAAUUCUCUUAGAAGUACAAAUACAUCCAAUUAUUUCUGGCUACCAGCAGCAAGACAAAGAUUAUUUCAUCCCGUUGUGUGGACUAUUCCGGGACCUAAUUGGGGGCAACGUGUUAUACCAAGUGGCUUCUUGAAUUUAUAUACACCCUUUACAAAAAAUUGUUUACUAUUAGAUGUAGAACAUGAGGCACUUGUAACAGAUGUAUGCACCAAGAGCUAUCCUGCCUUGUGUUUUUAUAUAAAUGAUCAUUAUUAUCCCUCCAGAUGUCCCGAUGGAUAUCAGUCAUUUCGAUUUAAACAUGAUAACGGCACAUGUUUUGGCAUAGAAAAAGCAGAACCCGGAAUGUCAUUUAAUGAGUUUCUUCAAAACAAGUGCAAGACCCCUAUGGUCAAUAUUAACAGUGAGUUAAGCAGAUUUGUUUUUAAAAAAAUAUCUGAAUUAAAUAAUUUAACAAAUGAUAUGUGGUGCUGGCUUGCAACAUAUAAAGAUUCUUAUGAAAACUAUGAUGAGACAGAGUCUAUGAGUAGCAAUAAUUCUCAAAUUAUGAAGAAACUGUCACAUGAAGGUAUUGUGAACAGUGCUGGGGUUUUAGGGUUUAUCAACUCUAACGCAGCUCUGCCAUGCAUGGCGUGUGAGGUAGAAAUUGCUUAUGGAAAAACAGAAUUCAUGUUCGAAUACAAUGAAGCUCAAAAUAAAAUUUUCUUAACAGUUUACUAUCCUUCAGGAUUAUGGAAAUACGACAACACUGAUAAAGGAAUUCAAUGUUUUUCUGAUGCAAAAGGUUUCUUUAGAGUUGUGGAUGUAAAUGAUUUACCUUUUAUGGAAGCUAACUCAUCCCUUUUUUCUGAUAUAGCUAACAUUGAAAAAAUCGUAUACGUUAUCGAUCUUGUUACUGAUAGUUCCGCUCAAUAUUGGUGUGAAGGUCACACUAUUGACUUUAACUUUCUUACUACAGACAAAAUUAUUGCGAAUCCCAAGGGUAACAAAAUUCAUGUAUUUGCACUUGUGAUAAAAUAUUAUGUUUUACUCGAAAAUGUUGAAGAAAUUGUAGACCUAACCGGAUUAACAAAUAAUAUUACAGAUAUAUUUUCAGCAAAAAAAGUUUUGCUCAUGGAUGUAAUUGAUUAUUCCUUGGAUCACAUGAUAAUUUUAUUACACUUGCAUGUUGAUGUUAAUGAUAUAUAUGAAGACGAGGCGCUUAAUAUACAAGAAACAUACAAUAAUUUAACACUCAUAGCAAAAUCGGAAUUACCGAAAUAUAACUAUAUUUUUGUGAAUUUAUCGAGUUCUGCAGUUUGUUUGCCAACAACUUCAGAAAACGUCAAUGAACUGGACUGGGAAAUGACGCCUAUCGGCCACAUUUCAGCCCCUAAACAGUUUUGUUUACAAGCUAAUGGAUUACCAGUAAAAAGACAUUGCAAAGGAUCCUACGAAACAGGUGGUGUUUGGGGUGAAGUGGAAGGUUCUUGUGAUAGUACUUACGCCCCAUCUGAAGCCACGGCUUUUCUUUACAAUUUUGUAAAACGGCAGAUGCCUAAUAAAUAUGCAUCUAAGUUUCUGACUGAUGGUUUGAAUUUUGUACUCAGCGAUACUGACAUAAUAAUUCCUGCUGAUAUAUAUUAUUUAUCAAUGUCUUUACAACAUGUAUUAGAUAUUGCUGAGCAAAAUUCAACAUCAGUAGAUACUGGUGAUAUAGAAAAUAUAGCCUGGGUCAUGGAUAGAAUGAUGGUCCUCGAUUGUAAUUAUUUACGUUUAGCUCAAACACUUAAUUCAACCAAUGUUAUAUUAGAUUCUGUAAGUGAUAUUAUAGAAUUGAUAGCUCAAAGAACUUUAGUUGAUUCUGCUGAGUUAAGUAAUAUUUCAUACCAAUUUGCAUUAAAACCCCAGUUUAUAGUCCAAAUUACUUAUCCAGAAUAUAAUAACAUAACCGGUAUAGCUGUUAUCAGAAAUUCAGUUUCGGACAACUUUGCAGAUAUGGUAGUUCAACCAUUGUAUAAAAAUACUAGCAUAGAUGAUGUUCUUUCAAUAGAAAGAUUAGAAAUCGCUACAUGGUUACCUGAAAAGGUUUUAAGCACACUUCAAAAGAACACUAAUGAAAGUGAUGAAAAUACGAUGGUAGGCGUAUCUGGCUGGAAGGCGGUGCCAGCGAACCAGGCUACUUAUGCCUUACGAUCUGCACACUAUGGCCCAACAGAAGGUUUGGUGGACGAUGAUGCUCUUCCAAGAGUGACGACGGGGCUGCCACAUCACAGUAAGGCGCCUCGAGUGGUCCUUGUUCACAAGCAGUUCGUCAUCGGAACAGCGGCUGACAUGUUGCAUCUCCCGAAGAAUUACAAACUCGGUAAUAUUGUUUUUGGGGAUUAUGAGCGAGACGAAGAAGACUGUGGGUUAACGCUGCAACAAAUUAAAAUCGGUAUUAGAUGUCCGCGUGCGUAUAUAGAAAUACCUCCACAAGAUAUCACACCGCAUCCUGAGUAUACCAGAUUCGGCGUAGGCAAUAGUCUCGCUUUGAUCAAACUUAUUCGACCUUUGAAGUCUCCUGUACCAAGAGAUUUUGAUUCGGAAAGAUUAGCUAAAAAAUCUCUCAGGUUGUACACUCAUAGGGAGUGUAAACAGCAUCGAAUGAAAGCGAGACUGGGUAGUGAGGGAGUGACACACGUGUUAUGUAGCUCAGGAUGUGGCGUCCGGCCUGGUGCGACCAUCAUCAGUCACUCGUCAGAUGGACCAUUCGAGCUAAUUGGACUGGCAGCGGGUGGAGCUCCUUGCCAUCGCCGAUCCAUGCGUCGCCGCCUCAACAAUGAACCACCACUCUACAUCGACGUGUUUCCCUACAAUAAUUGGAUCAUGAAUGUUAUAACUGCUCACCAUCUUCCCAAACCAUACCCUAACAACUUUAUGUUGGCUGAUGCAGGGCCGGAAAAGCUCUACUUGUUUCGAACCACACAGGGGUUCUUCCUCAUGAGCAGCGUGCGCGGACGCAGCGACGUCGCGCAGCCUACUGGUAUUGGUAUCAAUAAAUCAUAUUUGAGAAAAAGACGUAAACAAAAGUCUGGUUGGCGCGCUCGUACAUUCAUGACUGGUAACUUUUGUUACUUGAAUACGAAAUUCCAAAAGCUAGCUUCAUAUUUCUACUCCGAGAAAUUUGAAGUAAAUGCUGAUCCUCCUGCUAAACUAAAUGUAAUACUGAAGGCGUACGCGGAUUGCUACGCGCCGGACGCUCGGGUCUGGUUCUGGUCGAGCGACGAGGUAACCUUGCUCACCGUCAGCAGACCCGCGCUUACAGUAGCUGGAGAUCAUCGUGCGAUCCCUGACGGCUACUGCAAAAUGCUGCUCGAAGCUCCGCCCACUGCAGUAGACGACACCGAGACCGGCAAACGAGCAUCAACAUACGGAUUACCUGAUUGUAAGCAAUCAGCGCCGCCCAUGGACACCCGCAACGGAGGAGUUACGAGUGCGUUACCGACCUCUUAG